UUCUUCUUCUUCUUCCUCCUCCUCCUCCUAUAUUUUCUCUAACCACUCUUGUACUCUUCCUCCUCCUCCUCUUAGCUUAGCUGACCACACGCCAGCUUCAAUUGCUCCACUAGAUUCAAUCCAGGUGGGAGAUUUUCUGUUUGAGUUAUCACCUAGAGAAAGAACUUCUGUACCUGCUACAUGGAGAAAUCUGGUUAUGGAUGUGAUGGUAUAUACAGGUCAUUAAGACCAACACUUGUUCUUCCCAAGGAUUCUAAUCUUUCUCUGGUCUCAUUUCUUUUCAGAAACUCCAAUUCUUAUCCUCAUAAAUCAGCUCUUAUCGAUGCAGAUUUGUCAAUAACCUUAUCUUUUUCAGAGCUCAAAUCCAUUGUUAUCAAGUUCGCUCAUGGUUUACUCAAUCUGGGCAUCUCUAAAAAUGAUGCUGUUCUUAUCUUUGCUCCCAAUUCAUACCAAUUCCCUAUCUGUUUCUUGGCCAUCACUUCCAUUGGUGCUGUUGCAACAACUGUGAAUCCUCUUUAUACAACCUCAGAGCUUUCAAAACAGAUUAAAGAUUCCAAUCCCAAGUUGGUUAUCACAGUCCCUGAAUUAUGGGACAAAGUCAAAGGCUUCAAUUUGCCUGCUGUCUUUCUAGGACCAAAAGAAGUGUCUUUGCCAUUGGAGUCAGAUUCAAGAAUUAGAAGUUUCCAUUCUUUGGUUGAGUUAGGAGGGUCUAACUCUGAGUUUCCUGUGAGUGAUGUGAAGCAAAGUGAUAUAGCUACGCUUUUGUAUUCGUCAGGUACUACAGGGGUUAGUAAAGGAGUGAUCUUGACUCAUGGGAAUUUCAUUGCUGCAUCUUUAAUGGUCAGUAUGGAUCAAGUAAUGGCAGGUGAGAUACACAAUGUGUUCCUUUGUUUCUUGCCCAUGUUUCAUGUGUUUGGCUUGGCUGUGAUUACUUACUCACAGCUUCAAAUGGGAAAUGCUGUAGUGUCAAUGGGGAAGUUUCAAUUUGAGAUGGUUUUGAGGACUAUUGAGAAGUAUAGAGUGACCCAUAUGUGGGUUGUGCCCCCAGUAAUACUUGCUUUGUCUAAACAGAAUUUGGUUAAGAAGUAUGACCUUUCGUCAUUGAGAAAUAUUGGCUCAGGCGCUGCUCCUCUGGGAAAAGAUUUGAUGAAGGAAUGCGCCAAGAAUUUGCCGGAUACUACAAUUAUUCAGGGCUUUGGCAUGACUGAAACUUGUGGCAUUGUUUCAUUGGAGGAUCCGAGAAUAGGUGUUCGACAUUCUGGUUCUGCUGGAAUACUAAAUGCAGGAAUUGAGGCCCAGAUAGUCAGUGUGGAAACUCUAAAGCCUCUCCCUCCUAAUCAGUUAGGGGAAAUAUGGGUUAGGGGACCCAAUAUGAUGAGAGGUUAUUUCAAUAAUCCGCAAGCCACAAAAGAUACCAUAGAUAAAAGGGGUUGGUUACAUACUGGAGAUCUUGGAUAUUUUGAUGAUGAUGGACAACUUUUUGUUGUUGAUCGGAUUAAGGAGCUCAUCAAGUAUAAAGGUUUUCAGGUGGCACCAGCUGAGCUAGAAGGGCUGCUAGUUUCUCAUCCUGAAAUUUUGGAUGCUGUUGUCACCCCAUAUCCUGACGCUGAAGCUGGUGCAGUCCCAGUUGCAUAUGUUGUGCGCUCACCCAACAGCGCACUGACAGAAGAAGAUGUUCAGAAAUUUAUUUCUGAUCAGCUGGCACCUUUCAAAAGAUUGCGGAAGGUGACUUUCAUCAGUAGUGUACCUAAAUCAGCUUCAGGAAAAAUCCUCAGAAGAGAGCUCGUUCAGAAAGUGAAAUCCAAGAUGUGAGGUUGUGCAAUAUGUUUUCGUUUACUUGUUGCAAAUAAGGACUACUAGCUUGCAGGAGAAUCGACCUUGAUUCCUAAAUUGGCUUAGAGCUGCAAAUGUCUAGGUAAUGUUUUGAAAAAUAAAAAGGAAUAAGAAAAGGCAACAAAGCCCUUAAAAGCUUAGAAGUGAGUAAAAUAAAUAAGGGAUAUUAUAGUAAUUGAAUAAUAGUUGAUAAAUAUAAAUAGAAAAAAAAAAAACAAAAGAACAAAAAGAAAGAGCUGUGUUUUUUAGAGCAAACCGUAAAAGAGAAGGGAGAAGGAAGAAGAAGAAGAGAAAAGAGAGGAAGAGAAAGAAAAGGAAAAAGAUUGAGAGGAAAUAACUUUAAAGGUUCUCCUAACGAUCCUCAAUAGGAUUUUCGGGUCUUUCGUCUGACGUUCCUUUAGUUCUAUAUUUUCCGGGUGAGUGGGAUAAUCUUUAAUAUGCAUAUAAUAUAAGUAAAUAUGUAUGUUGAUUAUAUGAUGAGUACGAUUAGUUAAUCUCUUGAAUAUUUAUAUUUAUAUAUUUUGCUUUGUUUUCCGAGUACUCAUCUAUUCUUGAAA